UCCGGUAAAGCCUGUUCGAGUCGUCCGUUAGAGCUGUGCUGAAGAGAGGCACCAAAGCGAUGUGAAAACCAACACUAAUGCUAUGAGUAGCGAUUAGGUGAGCGUUUUAACUGGUUUGACUGGUCAAAUACCAGCUCCUGUCUUCAGUGCAGGCACAACGUGGUGUUAGCUAAGUUAGAUAGCUUCAAUCAUGGAUGUAUAAAGAGAACGGGGGAAAUAGCUUGGCUAACAAGAGAGUCAAAACAAAGUAUGAACAGGAAACGGGCUUUGAUUUCAGACACUUUCAAAGCGAAGAAAAGAAGAAAUGGAACGCAGAAGUAUGGAGCCAUCAGUGAUGGAGAUGGACCGACUGACAUCAGAUCCACCCUGGAGUAUCUCAUGACGCUGUUCCCCAGGAAGCUCUUCAAUGACAGCCUGCCUCAAAUUGUCAUGAAGCACCAGCUCUACAGCAUACACAGUGAUAAGACUUUGGUGGACAAGGAGCUGAAUAAACUGCGGGAACGAGGAGAACUGCUGAUGUUCCAGCUCGGGUUUGAUGCAGACGCUUUCGGGCUGGUUUUUGCUUCCGAUUACAAGGCCAAAGUGCUGGCAGGGGAGGAUGGCAGGCCCACACGAGCGACAGUGGAGAGGUUCUUGGAGAAAUUGCUGACUCCUUGCACAGAACUGAGCUUCAGCAAAGACAAGAUGCUCCGGGAGUUUCUCUUCAGAGACUCUGAGAUAACUCAGCUGGUGAAGUCGGGGGUCCUGACUGUGAGGGACGCAGGCAGCUGGUGGCUUUCAAUUCCCAACUCUGGCAAAUUCACCAAGUACUUUAUACAAGGUCGUAAAGCCGUGCUAGGCAUGGUGAAGAAGUCCAAAUAUAGUGAAGUCUUAAAGACGGAGCUAGAGGAGCGGCGAACAACCUCACAUGUGAAAUUCCACAUGAAGUACCACGUCCAUGACAUUGUUGGUGCAGAGCUGGUAGAGAGCAUACCUACAACUUCAGGAACAUUGUUGCGAUGUGUUGAGUCCUGAACCACAGCAACAAGAUUGAAAAAUCGGUGCUUGAUCAAAGCCUGAAGAUUGGCAGAAAUACAAAGAUUUGUAUUGUGACCUGAUAGUAAAUUAAUUCACCAUUUCAGUUUUGAUUUUGUGCCAAAUGUAUUAUAAAAACCUUGUGGGUUUUUGAAUUGUCAAUUAUGUUGACAUGACCUUGUCAGGUUUUGAUUUAUCUUGCAAUAAAAAAAAAUUCUUUGCCUCAUAUACAAGUUAUAAUUUAUGUGCAAACAAAGGGAGCACUUUGAUACAACCGCCCCCUCCGUGUGGUGUUUGAACUUUGGCUUGCCAUUGAGAUCUUUCACAGCUCAAUAUUUUAUUUCAGUUGUCAGUUAGGGUUAAUCUAAUUUAUGAAAUCCUUUGCUGCAAAUUUUUGAGGUUUUAAUUGAAAUAUAUUUUUAUUACAGAGUUACCAGUUUAUGGUGGUGUUGCACUGGACUGAUUUAUGUUAAAAUGUUAAUAUUCUUCCAACCUCAUGUGUAAAUAUUGGGCAGAACACAAGAAAUGUUAAUAUAAUGCAGUCCACUCUUCAAAAACUGCAAACUACAAUCUCAAACAUAUUGUUGCAUUAAUACCUCUGUGUUAUUUCAAAUUGAAUAUAGCCUCUUUAAAGCUAGAAUUUAUGGCCAAACGUUUGUAUCCAUUAGAUUUUACAGGUGUACAUUAAAAAAUGGAAA